GGCCCGGCGGGCUCGGUCCUCCGGCUGGGAGGACUCGGCCAUCCCGGCAUGCCGUGGGCUCCUUUUGAAUGGCGAAGCUUCAGGGAACGGUAGAGACGAGCGGUGUGGCCCGGUAGCGUCCAAAAGAGAAGAGAGAGAGAGGAGAGGACGCGAGAGGAGUGACUGGGAAAGGAAGGACAAAUUCUAAUCCAUCGCACUCCCACUGAAAUGUUGUAAAAUGUUCUGGAUUGCAAGUGAUUAUGGCAUCUAGACAUCAAAAUGUCAAGCAAGGUGUAUUAUUAUUUGGCAUGGAAGAUGAACCCAUUGAAGAAAGGCAACUUGGUAAAAGGAUGCAUCCUAAUUGUAAUGAGACUAUGAAAAAGGUUAGGCUCCCGGAAUGCAAAGAGGCGACUCAUAAAAUUAAAAGAUUAUCUACUGGACAAACGAAGAAAACAUUGCACAGAAUAUCCAAAGCGACGUGUUGUAAAAGGAAGACGAGACGUAGAGUCCAAAGUAUCGUGGGCAACGAGAAGCAGCAUCCAGAUCUUUGGAGCUGUGACAUGGCAAAUAAAGAAAAUGAAGUAGUCUGUUCAGGAACUGUACCUAAAUUAUGCAAUGACAAUCGCAGCUCCCAGUUGAACUCGAGUGAUUCUCCUGCUUCACAGGCUGGUGCUUCUGUCACAUAUGCAGAUUAUUUUGCACAGAUUUCUAAGGAUCAUGCUACAAUGACACAAGUACUGUUUGGUAGAAACCUAAGACUGAACGUAGCUCUGACAUUUUGGCAAAAAAGUGCAAGUGAGCUGGUAGCUUAUCUGGUCAGGAUACAUGACAUUGCUGUUACUGCAGAUUGUCUCCCAGUGCUUACAAAAAGUCUGGAGGAAGAAAAACAAAGCAUCUCCAUAGGUUGUUGUGUUGACCUCUUACCACUAGUGCAAGAGUUAUUAAGAAGCAGAUAUGAAGAAUAUCUGAUUGUCGGUUUAAACUGGCUCCGAGCUGUCCUUAAGCAAUGGUGGCCAGAGCUUUCUGCAAAUACUGCAAAUAAUGAUGAAACCCAUGUAGAAGAUAGAAACGUAAAGGUUUUGAAAGAUCAGCUACGACAACUACGGGAGCAAGGCUUUCAAUUAUCUUCAGUUCCAGGGUAUACUGGAAAAGUAGCUAAGAGUGUGGGAACCUACCUGGAGCAAUUGUACUAAAUAUAUGCAGUAUCCAGGGGACUUCAUUUUUUCAAGUACUAUCAGCAGUUGAAAGCUGCUUUGCAACAUCAUUUCAACCUCCUGGUUUGUUAAAAUAUUCGGGAGACCAACACUGCAGAAAGUGAUCAAAGUAGGCUCAGCACAAAGUUGGUUGCAAAUUAUGUUCGAAACCACUAUUGAACCCAAUGAAGCUACUUCACAUUGAAGUGGUUUAUUCGCCAAGAGGCAUAUCCUCGACUCUGUGAGCUGAUGAUGUGACACUGUUUUGCGUUCCAGAUUCAUGUAGCCUAACUUGGACAGGAGAAGGUCUGUGUUCUUCAAUAUUGUCAGACUGGUGCCAAUCAACUGCACUGAAAUGCUGCUUCAGUGCUCAUGGACACUAUGAAUGUAUUUUCUGUAUAUUUGAUUCAAGGUUGUAAAAUUUGCAUAUGACUGUGCAACAAUAAUAAGUUAUAAUUUCAGUAAAGAAAACACCAUAGUAGAGCAUGCAGCUGUUUACUAAUAUCAGUAAGGUGACCUUAACAAAAUGUGCAUAGCACUGUAUUCUUUUAAUUGAAACAUUAAAGUAGACAUUUCUUGUGACUUUGCACUUAA